CCGCGCGCCCGAAUUGAUCAUAGCAUCCACCUAAAGAAGCUGCACACCACUUGCAGUCACCGUGGAGCUGCGUUGUGGUUAAUGACGGCAGUUUAUAUCGUGAUUUUAACUGUUUUUAAAGAUAAGUUUUAUCUUUCUUAUCUCAGGCUUGUUUACAAUGCCAACCAAAACGUCCCUGUCUUUGCCAGACGAUGUCAGGAAAAGAUUGCAGAUGCUGGAUGAGGAUGGAUUUUCAGAGGAGGAUCACGUGAAAGAGAAGCUCAAAUUGGUGCAAGACUUUCUGCAUGAUGAUGCUCAGGACCAACUGACCAUACUUGAGAAAAAAAUGGAAAGCUCAGAGAUCACAAUGGAGGUUUACAUCUCAAAAGUAAAGGCCUUGCUGGUUAAAGAACUUCAUCUUGAAAAUGGCUUGCAUGGUGAUGAUGCAGAGCAGAAUGGCAAGACAAAUGGCUUCACUAACGGCUCCCAUCAGGAAGAAAUAAGUGAUGUAAACAUGGUCUCACAGGAAGAAGAGGAUGAAGAAGCAGUAAAGUCACCAACUGUUUCUAAAGGGAAGGGUGGGCGCAGGAGCAAAGCAAACACUGACACUAAAAAGUCUCCAGCCAGUACACGAGUUACAAGAAACAGUGGAAAACAGCCAACCAUACUGUCAAUGUUCUCUAAAGUUCAAAAGCGCAAGUCUGAAGACUUGAAUGGAGAAGUUGUCAAUGGUCAAGAUGAACUGAAGAAAGAAGAUGAUGUUGAAGAGUCUCGGGAGGAGAAGCGCCUAAAAGUAGAAUUGGACGAAAAGGCUGCGCCACAGGAAGAAAAGAGUGAAAUGAUGAAGCCAGUGUCUGCUGCAAAGACACCACCCCCUAAAUGCCCUGACUGCAGACAGUACUUGGAUGAUUCAGACUUGAAGUUUUUUCAGGGAGAUCCUGAUAAUGCGCUUGAUGAACCAGAGAUGUUAACAGAUGAGCGUCUGUCCCUGUUCGAUUCCAAUGAAGAUGGAUUUGAAAGUUAUGAGGAUCUGCCACAACACAAGAUUACAAACUUCAGUGUGUAUGAUAAACGUGGGCACCUUUGUCCAUUUGACUCUGGACUGAUUGAGAAGAAUGUGGAGCUUUACUUCAGCUGUGUUGUUAAACCCAUCUAUGAUGACAACCCUUGUUUAGAUGGUGGCGUUCCUGCUAAAAAGUUAGGGCCAAUCAAUGCCUGGUGGAUCACUGGUUUUGAUGGAGGAGAAAAAGCCUUGAUUGGUUUUACUACAGCUUUUGCUGAUUACAUCUUGAUGCACCCCAGUGAGGAGUACGCUCCAAUUUUUGCACUAAUGCAGGAAAAAAUCUAUAUGAGCAAGAUAGUGGUUGAAUUUCUCCAGAAAAAUCCUGAUGUUACUUAUGAAGACCUUCUCAACAAAAUUGAGACCACCGUCCCUCCCGCCGGACUAAACUUUAACUGCUUCACUGAAGACACGCUGUUGCGUCAUGCCCAGUUUGUGGUGGAACAGGUGGAGAGUUAUGAUGAGGCUGGCGACUCAGAUGAGCAGCCGAUCAUUGUUACUCCCUGCAUGAGAGACCUGAUCAAACUUGCAGGAGUAACUCUGGGGAAGAGCAUGCUGCUAUACUGGAGAGCCGCUAGAAGACAAGCCAUCCGCCACCCAACAAAGAUAGAGAAGGACAGUAAGGGACCAACUAAAGCCACCACCACCCAGCUGGUCUAUCAGAUCUUUGAUGCCUUCUUCUCUGAUCAGAUAGAACAGAAUGAUAAAGAGGGUGGAGUCAAAAGACAGCGCUGUGGUGUAUGUGAGGUUUGUCAAUCUCCUGAUUGUGGCAAGUGUACAGCCUGCAAAGACAUGAUCAAAUUUGGAGGAAGCGGCAGAAGCAAGCAAGCUUGUAAGCAGAGAAGAUGCCCAAAUCUUGCUGUAAAGGAAGCUGAAGAUGAUGAAAACAUCGAGGAGGAUGAUGUGUCAGUAGAGAAGACCAAGAAGGUUGCUCCUACCAAGAGGAAGAAGCAGACCCAGUCCAAAUUUGCAUGGAUUGGAGAACCUGUUGGGUCUCAUGGGAAGAAGCAAUACUACAAGAAGGUCUCUGUCAAUGAUGAAGUGCUGGAGGUGGGAGACUGUGUCUCAGUUUCAUCAGAGGAUCCAACCAUCCCUUUGUUUCUGGCAAGAAUCACGUCAUUGUGGGAGGACAGCAAUGGAAAGAUGUUCCAUGCUCACUGGUUCCUUCGUGGAAUUCACACAGUGCUUGGAGAGUCUUCUGAUCCACUGGAGCUGGUCAUUGUGGAUGAAUGUGAGGACAUGCUGCUCAAUUAUGUUCAUGGAAAAGUGAAUGUCAUGUACAAAGCCCCAUCUAACAACUGGUCCAUGGAGGGUGGGAUGGAUGUUGACCUCAAAGUGAUUGAUGAUGAUGGGAAGAGUUUCUUUUAUCAGUUCUGGUAUGAUGCAGAGUUUGCCAGAUUUGAGACUCCUCCUAAGACUUCUCCAUCAGAUGAAUGCAGGUUCAAAUUCUGUGGCAGCUGUGCUCGUAAUAAAGAGAGAGAUGACCAGGAAGAGCCUCGUGCAUUGGAACCCCUGGAAAAUGAGGACAAUGACACCAAGGCACUAUAUGCUUUGGCUUGUUUCAAGGGAGAACAAUUUAAAGUGGGAGACAGUGUCUAUCUUCCAUCUGAGGCCUUUAAUUUCAGUGUCAAACCAGCCAGUCCAAUGAAACGCUCCCAUAGGAAAGAGGAUGUGGAUGAAGAUUUGUAUCCGGAGUAUUACAGGAAGUCCUCAGAUUACAUUAAAGGGUCAAACCUGGAUGCUCCAGAGCCUUUCCGUGUUGGCCGCAUCAAGGAAAUCUUUUGUCACCGGCGUAGUAAUGGGAAACCGGACACUUCAGAGGUCAAACUCAGACUCUACAAGUUUUACAGGCCUGAAAACACUCACAAAGGCGUCAAAGCUAGUUACCACACAGACAUCAAUCAGCUCUACUGGAGCGAUGAAGAAGCAACCGUCUGCAUGUCUGAGGUACUUGGACGCUGUCAAGUGGAGUAUGCAGAAGACCUGAAUGAAUCUGUCCAGGAUUAUUCCAGUGGUGGACCAGAUCGCUUCUAUUUUCUGGAGGCUUACAGUGCUAAAUCAAAAAGCUUUGAAGAUCCUCCAAAUCACGCCCGUUCUACUGUUCAUAAAGGAAAGGGAAAGGGCAAAGGAAAAGGCAAAGGCAAAGGAAAGGCUGCACAGGAACCGCAGGACUCUAACAUGGAGCCGCAGAUGCCUAAAGUUCCCAAAUACCGCACACUUGAUGUGUUCUCUGGCUGUGGUGGACUUUCUGAAGGCUUCCACCAGGCUGGUAUCUCUGAGACUCUCUGGGCUAUAGAGAUGUGGGAGCCAGCAGCACAGGCCUUCAGGCUCAACAACCCUGGCACCACAGUGUUCACAGAGGACUGCAACAUCUUGCUGAAGUUGGUCAUGUCUGGAGAGAAGACCAAUUCUCUUGGCCAGAAACUGCCUCAGAAGGGGGAUGUGGAGAUGCUCUGUGGAGGACCUCCUUGUCAAGGUUUCAGUGGGAUGAACCGCUUCAACUCUCGCACUUACUCCAAAUUCAAGAACUCACUUGUGGUGUCUUAUCUCAGCUACUGUGAUUACUACAGACCCAAGUUCUUCCUGCUUGAAAAUGUGAGGAACUUUGUAUCAUUCAAAAACUCCAUGGUCCUGAAGCUGACUUUACGCUGCCUUGUGCGAAUGGGCUACCAGUGCACUUUUGGAGUCCUUCAGGCUGGUCAGUAUGGUGUUGCCCAGACCCGCCGCAGGGCAAUCAUCCUGGCUGCUGCUCCAGGAGAGACUCUGCCUCGCUAUCCUGAACCUCUGCACGUGUUUGCUCCCAGAGCCUGCUCACUGAGUGUGGUGGUGGAUGACAGGAAAUACGUCAGUAAUGUUACACGAGGCAAUGGUGGAAUCUACAGAACCAUCACCGUCAGGGACACAAUGUCUGAUCUGCCAGAGAUUCGAAAUGGUGCAGCUGCGCUGGAGAUCUCCUACAAUGGGGAACCUCAGUCUUGGUUCCAGAGGCAGAUCAGAGGCACACAAUAUCAGCCUAUCCUCAGAGACCACAUCUGCAAGGACAUGAGUGCUCUAGUCGAAGGUCGUAUGCGUCACAUUCCCUUGGCACCAGGCUCUGACUGGAGAGAUCUACCCAACAUUGAAGUUCGACUGAAAGAUGGAACCAUGACUAAGAAACUGCGCUACACACACCACGAUAAAAAGAAUGGACGCAGCAGCACUGGUGCACUCAGAGGUGUCUGCACCUGUUCAGGAGGAACGCCCUGCGAUCCUGCAGACAGACAGUUUAACACCCUGAUCCCGUGGUGUCUGCCCCACACUGGUAACCGCCACAAUCACUGGGCAGGACUUUAUGGUCGACUGGAGUGGGAUGGAUUCUUCAGCACAACUGUCACUAACCCUGAGCCCAUGGGCAAACAGGGUCGCGUUCUGCAUCCUGAGCAGCACAGAGUGGUCAGUGUGAGGGAAUGUGCACGCUCUCAGGGAUUCCCCGACACCUACCGCUUCUUUGGAAACAUCCUGGACAAACACAGACAGGUUGGGAAUGCUGUUCCUCCUCCACUCUCCAGAGCCAUUGGGUUGGAAAUUAAGAACUGUGUUGUGAAACGAAUCAAGGAAGAACAAGCAGCAGGAAACAUCAAACAAGAGAAGAUGGAGAUCUUUGAUUAGGUCCAUGUUAAUCCAGCAAAAAUCUGUUCAGUAAUUCCUGAUGUUGGGAUAUUUCUACUAAAUAAGCUGGCUUCACCUGUCACUAAGUGGCCACUAUGGACAUUCUCUGUAGUAAUCAUUCCAUGUCGUUUUAAGUGUGCAUUUAAUCACGAUAUUGAUGUUAAUGUGGGAUAAAUUGUAUGUAGUUUUUAUAUGUAAUAUUUCAAAUAAAGCUCUUAUGAAAUACCA